AUGGGUCAAGCGACAGGAAAACUUACUAUUUCUCAUGUGGAAAACAAGAAUAAAACAGAAGCGCCCAUCGAGGCCGAUGGGGAUGCACCGCAAGCAGUCAAUGCUGGUCAGAUCGUCAAUGGCGAUGUCACAAAUGCUCCGGAUCUACUUCCUAUAGACGAUGACAUCGAGCCUGUAACAACGGCCAAAAGCAAUGUGACAGCCGAGGCCCCAGUCGCACAUGAUCAACCAGCCGCAGCGGAGCACGGGCCCAACGGUUCGGUAAAUGCUGUUACCGAGGGACACGAGACAUCUGCAGUGGAUGAGGAAAAAAAGAAAGAAGAAAAAUCUAAGAAGACUAAAAACCCGCUUGUCUGGAUUCACCGGCGACUAUCAAAACGAUUGAGCACUUCGAAAAAGGGCUCCGAAAAGACAUCCGAUGAUAACGUCCCCGCAGAAGAACGAACUGAAGAGGCCGCUCUCGUUGCCGCUACCCCUGCUGGCGUUGCUACAACCACGGACAUAGUUGAAUCCACUACCUUGUCCGCCACGCCUGUUACCGCCGCAGAGCACCAACAAGUAGUCGAAGCUGCAUCUUCCCUGGUCGAUCAGGUCCUGAAUACGGCCAUGAUUCAACAGAUGUCCGAACAAAGUGUGGAACACACACCGGAAGUUGCUCCUAUCACUACUGAAGUAGUCGAACAACAACAUGAGGCUGAAACUGAGCAACCGGUUUUGGAUACGAAUAACACCAAUGCUGAAUAUGAACCAUGUUACCAACCAGAGGGAGAAACCGAGACCGCUCUGAUGGGAAAACCGACGGAACACGAAGUUCCCGUGGACAGCACCGAUGCAAACCAUGUCAACGGACAUGGUGACUUCGAGCAUCACGAGGACGAUGCGGUGGCUUCCAAAUUGGCCAACCUAGAACUGACCAACGGACAUUCGGAGCACCACCCAACCACAAACGGAGUCGGCGGGAUGCAUUCGGACGUGAUUGUUAAUGGUGACUAG